ACGUGCUCGUUGCAAAUCUUCAAGCUAAAGCUCUCCCCCUCGAUCCCUUCCCUCCCUUUUCCUUGUCGCGGGAGCAAUUCAACGAGAGAAAUCGUAUUACAGCUGGGUGAGCCAGUGAGACUCACUACCGGGUCGUCAGCCGCAGCGAGUUCACGCGGCUCGGGCGGCUGGUUAAAUGGCUAGCGCCUCCUCUCAAUUCUCAUUACCGAAGCACACCUUGCCUGGCAGCAUCACGAGAGCGGCGGCGGGGCAUUCAUCUGGGGUAGUAGCUGAGAUGAAGGCCGGGUACGUGCCGGUGCUGGUCGGGAAGAGCGGCGGCGGCGGCGGCGAGGCGGCGACGAGGUUUCUUGUGCCGGUGGGGCUACUGAACGACCCGUGCAUGGAGGCGCUGCUGGAGCUCGCCGCCGACGAGAUGGGGUACGGGCAGGAGGGCGUCCUCAUCAUCCCCUGCGACGCCGACUUCUUCCGCAGGGUCGUCACGGCCAUCCCGUCGGCCAACAAGGCGAACCUCAUCUGUAGCCCAAACAGCCAAACUGACUGCUAGUGCCUAUUCGAUUAUGAAUUUACGAUCAUGGUUUCUGAUUCCAUUUCUGCCCGGUCAUUUUGCUCUGUAAAUAUUUCUUCGUUACAGUGAAGUGGUACAGAUUAAGAUUAUGUUUAAUCUCGCAAACGACUAUUUUUGUAAUGUUUGUGACAGAAGUAGGGGAGAAAAAAGGUACAUCAACCCUAUCUGAUCAAGAUAAACCAAAACCGUAUUGUUCCAUUUGCUCCUCACCUGAAGCAACAUCUGUAAAGACUGUACGGGCAUGCACGUAGUGGCGGAGCUAUAAUAAAAUGAAGGGGAUUCCACUCA